AUCGAUUUGAUGACGUAUGUACUGCAUACAACUGACACCAACUGGCUGCGGCCUGCCUGAGACGCUCUCUCUCCCUCUCUGGCCACUGCUCCACACACCACUUCCCAAGGACAGCUCGUGCAGAGCACAUCAGAUUAGUCAGGCGAAAUGAUUAGCACAGCACUCAGAAAAAGGAAAACGAGAACACAGAUUCUGAGACCUUCUACGAAUUGAUUGACCGAAGAGGAAAGAGCAGUCAGCCAGAUGGCAGGUGGCGGAUAGCAAGGGAAAACGAGCAGGAGAAGAGGAACAGAACAGUGUGUGCUCACUUGGGUCCUUCAUCUGUACCACAAGCGCAGACAGCGAUACCAACACUCACACCGAUGUGUGUGUCCAGCAAGUGCGUUGACGCACCAGUGGAUGAUUUCAAUAGUCGCCAGCGUCAAUAGUCGCCAUAGCGCCGAUCGGAUUCCCACGGGUAGGGGAGGUGGUUGUCGUGGUUCUGGUUCCUUCGGUGCCUGCGGCGCCACCACCAGGCUGCUCUUCGGUGGCGCCCCCACCACUGCAGAGCUCUCAGCUCAGCCCUGCCAUCACCUUCCUGGUCGUCCUCGCCUUGUGCGGCAGUGAGGUCUUCAUCGGGUUUCUCGGUCUCAUCUUCCAGCAAGAGACACUCAUGGAGAUUUUCACACAGACAGUCGCUGUUCAUGUAUGAUAUUUUGCUGGCCAACCUCGAUGUCGGCAGGGGGGUAGCCGCACCAGCCCGCCUCCCCGCCGCACCGACCACCCUCCUGCACUCAGCCAAACCAAUAACGGCACACGGGCAUAUGGCUGCUCUGCGUGUGCUGCAUGUGUGUGUUUGUGUGCGGAAGCUCCGUUGCCCACCCCAUCUGUUAUAUCGUCGCGAGAGUCGUCGUCAUCGUCAACUGCGUAGUUGCCAGGAGUGAUCUCAGACUCCUCGGGGACAGUCACCUCCUGCACACACACAUCACACACACAGGGGAGCGACCGAUAGACACGCGCAUGAACAUCCAUCGAGGCAUACAGAGCAGCACAGGUUGGCCACGCGUUCCUUACCGUCGACGGAUCAGUGACGGCCGUGGACUCCUGCAGCUUGCGCAGGCAGGGUGGGUGCUUCAUGUCAGCAGCAACACCGGCCACCAGGAGGGCGCCGACAAGGCACAGAAACAGCUUCAUCGCGGGAGAACAAGUGAGAAAAUGAAAAGGAAAAACAAUCACUG